AUGGUCAGAAAACAUCAAAAACAAUCAAAGCACACACAGCCACCAAGAAAGGAAUACCGCACCAUUGAAUUCCGUAGGAUCCACCUCAUAUGCAUGAACAGUGGAAAAAGCAUUAUUCUCGGCCUGGUAUUUCUGCAUUUGAGAUCUCCUGACUUCUCUCACUUUGAGUAUCACUUAGCACAGCUUAAAAAUUUCUUUGUCAUUGAAGCAGAAACACAAACAUUCCAGAUAACUCGGGCUCAACUCAACAAUUUGAACGAAUUUUUGGAGCUCUUCAGUAAGACAAUCAACGUAGCAAUGUUCCAAACUUCUUACAACACCAUCUCAUUUCUUGUUCCACUUUACAAAGAUCAGUACGAAAUUCAAUGGAACAUAGUCAGCUCAGGUAAGCAGGGUGUUUUGGACAAAAUCAGUAGGCUUCCAUACCCCUCAGACUUCUGGACGGUUGCUUCAUACCUCCCCAAGAUUAUAAAUCGCACACGUUCUUUCUUGCCCUAUGAUCUCCCAAGUCUAUCCAAUGAAGAAGAGCUGACGCAACAGAUCAAGAAUGCCAUCAAAAAUGGAAUACAUGAGAUUUAUCUCCAGAAGAUUGGAGUUGCUUUUAUCAAGAUGAUUUGUACUGUAAAUCUCGUAUCUGGGUACCCUUACACAGAGCUCCAGCAACUCAACAAGAUGCGAAAAAAAGAAUUGAGACAAUCAACUUUGAGUAGCUUGUUCCUCCGUACCCCAUUUUAUGAGCGGGUUUUUUCCAGAAUUCCACUAUUUCAACAAGUUUACAAAGAGGCAACUGAAGAUCAAGGGAACGUUAAAUCAAAUCACAAAGGCAUUGUCAAAGUGCUCUAUGUAGCACUGGGCGCAAUAUAUUUUUCAGAUGGUUUGAAACGCACCAAAGAAUUUGCUCGAACAAUUGGCCUCGACUGUUAUUUGCAUCAUUGGUAUACCACUCAAUAUAAUGAUGUAAAUGAUAUGGAAGCAAUUGUAGGUGAAGAAGAGGCACAAGAAAAGCUCAACUACAGGUUUCGGAAUCCUAAUUUACUUCGAAAAGCUCUCACUCUUGACCACCCAGAAUUUCGGCUCCUAGAAUGGAUCGGAGAUUCUGUGCUUGACGUAUGGGCCGCAAUGGAGAUAACAAAGCAUCGGAAAGGCCACAAGGUAAGCAAGGCAAAUGAACGUUUCAUGGACCUAACCAACAACGAAUUCUUAGGUCAACGGGUCACCGACAGCUUCAAAUCUUUGAAACAUAUAAUUCAAAAGCCCCGAUUUCUCGGAAAAUUGUGGUUGGGAAAAUUCGUCGAGGCACUGAUUGGUGCGGUUUUUUUGGAUCGUAAUAAAAAUAUAGACAUUGAACUUUUGAAGGUAAUUGACUGUCUGAUAAAAUCUUAG